GUCAGCUCUCGCGGUAUCAUCCGGUUGCUGAGGCCCUUUAACAAAGAUCUCGCGAAAUUUGUUCUACAGGCCCAAGAUAGCCUGUCACCCUCCCCUACCACACCCCCAACCUGUCCUUCCUUUCUCUGACUCAAUCACAAAAUUCUCCCCUCCCCUCCCUUGAGCUCACGGCCCUCCUCCUGUUUCCGAUUUCAGGCCGGAACCGGAAGUCUAGUGGGCGGGGCCCGGCGGCGGAAAACGCAGCGGAGCCGGAGCCGGGACUCGGCUGUGGCCGCUACCUCUGUCCCCGCCACGGAUCGCCGUGGCUCCAGGCUGAAGGUCGGUCCGGAGGCGGGUGGGCGCGGGUCUCCCCCGGAGUGUCCGGGCGGCAGCCUCCCCGGGCCCCCCGGGCUCCACAAGGGAUCAUGUCUACAGCCUCCGCAGCUUCCUCCUCCUCCUCGUCUUCAGCCGGUGAGAUGAUCGAAGCCCCCACCCAAGUCCUCAACUUUGAAGAGAUCGACUACAAGGAGAUCGAGGUGGAAGAGGUUGUUGGAAGAGGAGCCUUUGGAGUAGUUUGCAAAGCUAAGUGGAGAGCAAAAGAUGUUGCUAUUAAACAAAUAGAAAGUGAAUCUGAGAGGAAAGCUUUUAUUGUAGAGCUUCGGCAGUUAUCCCGUGUGAACCAUCCUAAUAUUGUAAAGCUAUAUGGCGCCUGCUUGAAUCCAGUGUGUCUUGUGAUGGAAUAUGCUGAAGGGGGCUCUUUAUAUAAUGUGCUGCAUGGUGCUGAACCAUUGCCAUAUUACACUGCUGCCCACGCCAUGAGUUGGUGUUUACAGUGUUCCCAAGGAGUGGCCUAUCUUCACAGCAUGCAACCCAAAGCUCUAAUUCACAGGGACCUGAAACCACCAAACUUGCUGCUGGUUGCAGGGGGGACAGUUUUAAAAAUCUGUGAUUUUGGUACAGCCUGUGACAUUCAGACACACAUGACCAAUAACAAGGGGAGUGCUGCUUGGAUGGCACCUGAAGUUUUUGAAGGUAGCAAUUACAGCGAAAAAUGUGACGUCUUCAGCUGGGGUAUUAUCCUUUGGGAAGUGAUAACACGUCGGAAACCCUUUGAUGAGAUUGGUGGCCCAGCUUUCCGUAUCAUGUGGGCUGUUCAUAACGGUACUCGACCGCCACUGAUCAAAAAUUUACCUAAGCCCAUUGAGAGCCUGAUGACUCGUUGUUGGUCUAAAGAUCCUUCUCAGCGCCCUUCAAUGGAGGAAAUUGUGAAAAUAAUGACUCACUUGAUGCGGUACUUUCCAGGAGCAGAUGAGCCGUUACAAUAUCCUUGUCAAUAUUCAGAUGAAGGACAGAGCAACUCUGCCACCAGUACAGGCUCAUUCAUGGACAUCGCUUCUACAAAUACCAGUAAUAAAAGUGACACUAAUAUGGAGCAGGUUCCUGCCACAAAUGAUACUAUUAAACGCUUAGAAUCAAAAUUGUUGAAAAAUCAGGCAAAGCAACAGAGUGAAUCUGGACGAUUAAGCUUGGGAGCGUCUCGUGGGAGCAGCGUAGAGAGCUUGCCGCCAACGUCCGAGGGCAAGAGAAUGAGUGCUGAUAUGUCUGAAAUAGAAGCCAGGAUUGCUGCGACCGCAGGCAACGGACAGCCAAGACGUAGAUCCAUCCAAGACUUGACUGUUACUGGAACAGAACCUAGCCAGGUGAGCAGUAGGUCAUCCAGUCCUAGCGUCCGAAUGAUCACUACCUCAGGACCAACCUCAGAAAAGCCAGCUCGAAGUCAUCCAUGGACCCCUGAUGAUUCCACGGAUACCAAUGGAUCGGAUAACUCCAUCCCAAUGGCUUAUCUUACACUGGAUCACCAACUACAGCCUUUAGCACCAUGCCCAAACUCCAAAGAAUCUAUGGCAGUGUUUGAACAGCAUUGUAAAAUGGCACAAGAAUAUAUGAAAGUUCAAACAGAAAUUGCGUUGUUAUUACAGAGAAAGCAAGAACUAGUUGCAGAACUGGACCAGGAUGAAAAGGACCAGCAAAAUACAUCUCGUCUGGUACAGGAACAUAAAAAGCUUUUAGAUGAAAACAAAAGCCUUUCUACUUACUACCAGCAAUGCAAAAAACAACUAGAGGUCAUCAGAAGUCAGCAGCAGAAACGACAAGGCACUUCAUGAUUCUCUGGGACUGUUAAAUUUGAAAAUAUGCAAAGAAAGACUUUUUUGUUUUUUUUUUUUUUAAGGAAAGACAAACCCUUAUAAUGACAAUUCAUGAGUGUUAGCUUUUUGGCGUGUUCUGAAUGCCAACUGCCUAUGUUUGCUGCAUUUGUUUUAUCGUUCAUUUUCCUUUUCUCAUGGUGGACAUGCAAUUCAACUGUCUCCUUGCAUAAUAUGGGGGCAUCUGUGACUUGAAUAAGCAGCAGUUCUCAACUUCAGAACAGAUGCAGUAAACCGCAGCUGUAUAUGCAUGCUCAUUGUGUGAAGGCUAGCCUAACAAAAACAGGGGUAUCAAACUAGCUGCUAUGUGCAAACAUCGUCUUUUUUUUUCGAGGUGGAACCUCAAGAAUGAUUUUGUUCAUGUAUCUCAUCUCAAAAAACGAAUAAUUUUUUUCCAAAAUAUGGUAUAUACCAAGUUAAAGACAGGGUAUUAUAGAUCUAGAAUAAUUGGUGGUACAUUAUAGAAAUGCAGAACCUUUAGGGAUAGUUCAAAGUGAGUGCUUUGAUGCCAGCAUCCUUGGAUCAGUACUGAACUUAGUUCCAUCCAUAAGAUAUUUAAAGGUAAGUGGCGGCUGCUGUAUUUAAUAAAAGCAUAUUUCAUUAGACUAAAAUUUGACUAUAAUACAUUGAACAAAAUGGAACCUUUUUUUUUAAGGUAUAAAGAUUUUUAAUUCUGUGAUUGCGUGUAUAUGUGUUGAAACUGUAAAGCUUUUAUGACUCUAAUAUUAUUGUCUCUUAAAUGAAAUUAAAAGGUAAAUGAACGCAAUCCAGCUUAAAUGAUCAUUCCUUCCUGCAAUGAUUAUUGGAUUGUUUUCUGUAUAUUUGAAAAACUGAAGAGAAAUAAUGGAAAAUGGAAAUAAUUGCUCCGGCUAAUAGGCUUGGGCUUAGUUUUCUUUUACGAUACCAAAUAAAAAACCUGGCAGAUCAGAAGUUAGUAAGGAAGUUAAAAAAGUAAAUAUAAAUUCAUCAAGUAUUCUAUUUAUCAACAGUUAAAUAAUUGAUUUUCCUUGCAAGCCCUUCCUAGAAUGCCUGCUGCCUUUCAACACUUUUAAGGGAAUUUCAACACUUAUAAAGAGAAAAUUUAUAUUGUUAACAAUAACUUUGCUACCAACUUUGCAAAUAAAAGUAAUAAUAAAACGUCAUUGAAAUAAUAGACUAUAUAAGCUCUAUUUUUUCAGUUGGUAUUAAAAUAAGUCACAUUUUGAUACCAGUGCAAGGUAUCUUUUAAAUAAAGAUGUCAUCAACCUCAUUUUUAUAGCAUUAAUGUUUUAUGAAGAGAAAAUUAAAAAUGAAAGCAUAAUUGCUGUGAUUAUUAGAAUUAUAUCAUGAUUGUAUUGUAGUUUUGCUCUAUUUCAGAUAAGCAAGUUGAUCUAAGAAGUUAUCAAAACUAUUCUUAAAAAUACUAAAGCAGGUAACUUUUUCUUCCAUUAUUUUUCCCUCUUCCCACUGAAUUUUAUAAUGUAUUCCUUGUGUAUACAAGCAAUAAAGGUAAAGGGCAGUUUGUA